AUGGCGUUCAGCAUGACUCACCAGAUCGGGAGUUUGGCAGGUGCGACGGCAGUGCUGACGGAUUCCACCUCGAAUACCGGCGAGUCGCCGGCGUCGGCGGUGUGGAAGUCGCCGGUGGCGAAUCUGAGGUGCAAGGCGGUAAGGACGGACGGCGUGGAGGGGUUGUCUCCGCCGCUGACCCCGUGCAUGUCUCCGGCACCGAGAUCUGUGCGGCCGGAUCUGACGGCGGCGUGUCAGGCGUUCGCGACGGAGGUGGAGGUGGCGGAGGAGAAGGAGUACGGCGUCGGAGGGAAGGAGAACGGAGAGGGGAAGGGCGUACCGGUGUUCGUGAUGAUGCCGCUGGACAGCGUGACAGCUGGGAAUACGGUGAAUCGGAGGAAGGCGGUGAACGCGGCGAUGGCAGCGCUGAAGAGCGCGGGGGUGGAGGGGGUGAUGAUGGACGUGUGGUGGGGUAUGGUGGAGAGAGAGAAACCUGGAGAGUAUAAUUGGGGAGGAUACGUGGAGCUGAUGGAAAUGGCCAAGAAACACGGUCUCAAGGUGCAGGCUGUGAUGUCCUUUCAUCAAUGUGGCGGUAACGUCGGAGACUCUUGCAACAUUCCCUUGCCCAAAUGGGUUGUGGAGGAGAUGAACAACGAUCCCGAUCUUGCAUAUACUGAUCAAUGGGGAAGAAGAAACUAUGAAUAUGUAUCACUUGGAUGUGAUACUUUGCCUGUGCUCAAGGGCCGAACCCCAGUUCAAUGUUACGCUGAUUUUAUGCGUGCUUUCCGAGACACUUUCAAGCACCUCCUUGGUGAUACCAUUGUGGAAAUCCAAGUUGGAAUGGGUCCAGCCGGUGAGCUGCGUUACCCUUCUUACCCGGAGCAAAACGGGACCUGGAAGUUCCCAGGAAUUGGUGCUUUUCAAUGCUUUGACAAGUAUAUGUUAAGUAGUUUAAAAGCUGCCGCUGAAGCUGAGGGUAAGCCAGAAUGGGGAAGCACAGGCCCUACUGAUGCUGGCCACUACAACAACUGGCCAGAAGACACACAAUUUUUCCGCAAAGAAGGUGGAGGCUGGAAUGGUCCAUAUGGUGAGUUUUUCCUCACAUGGUACUCUCAGAUGCUGCUGGACCAUGGUGAUAGAAUUCUCACAUCAGCCAAAUCAAUCUUUGACAACCCUGGGGUUAAGAUCUCAGUAAAGAUUGCUGGCAUUCACUGGCACUAUGGUUCAAGGUCUCAUGCUCCAGAACUCACAGCAGGGUACUACAACACGCGUUUCCACGAUGGCUACCUGCCCAUUGCUCAAAUGUUGGCACGCCAUGGUGCCAUUUUCAACUUCACCUGUAUCGAGAUGCGCGACCACGAGCAGCCACAGGAUGCCCUUUGUGCUCCUGAGAAGCUGGUGAAACAAGUGGCUCUAGCAACACAGAAGGCGCAGGUCGCACUUGCCGGCGAAAAUGCACUGCCACGCUAUGAUGAAUAUGCUCACGAGCAGAUCAUACGCGCAUCACAGUUGAAUGCUGAUGGUAACUCUGGUGACAGAGAGAUGUGUGCAUUCACAUACCUGAGGAUGAACCCUCAUCUGUUUGAACCAAAUAACUGGAGGAAGUUUGUGGCGUUUGUGAAGAAGAUGAAAGAAGGAAAAGGAGCAAACAAGUGCUGGGAAGAGGUGGAGAGGGAAGCAGAGCAUUUUGUGCAUAUUACACAGCCUCUUGUGCAAGAGGCUGCAGUGCUGAUGCACUGA